AUGGCUGAAUCGUUAUCAAAUGAAUUGGGAAACCUCAAUAUCGAUGCUGAAGAAUCAACUUGCAACCAAAUCUCAAGUUUAGUGGUUUCGGUGAAUACCACUAAAUUAGGUAACAUUUCAACGUCUAUAAUUCCUCCUCUUCCUUUACAUGGUCUAAUUAUUCACUACAACCGUGAAGAACAACCUGCCUACAAUGAUAAUGAUUAUUCCCAGAAUGAAGAUUGGGAUUACUUGGUAAAGAAUAUUGAAAAGCUUCAUAGACUUGGUCUUAAACAUAUCACUUUACAUUUCAGAUUAGGUCUUGAUGAUUGUGGCUCCAGCAUUCUACCCGUAAUCACAUUCUUCCACCACUAUUGGACAAAAAAUUUCAAUUUUGAAAUCUAUAUUUUAAAAAUGGUACUGUGUCAGAAUUUCAAAAUGCCUCCUACAGAAUAUCUUGAAGGUUUCCCACACAUGAGUUUCAAAAUUGAUACCAGUUAUGUGGGAAAUAGAGAUGAAGACCAAGCCUUAUACAUAUGUGAUGCCUUUCCUGCUACAAAGGAGUUCUAUCCCUAA